ACAUAACAGAUUACAUCAGCUCAGGCUUUUCAAUUCCUGGAUGGCAGCAGAGUGCUAAUCCAACCUUCAUCCUGGAUUUCAUAAACUGAAACAAGGGAGGCUGGCAGGAGCAGCGCUGCCGGAUUGAGGAAGCUGACGACGGUGCAGCAUGUGGGCAACACACUGUAUAAAGCUCAUAAACUUGUAGGCUGAUGUGUGCAGCUACCACUUUGGAUUCUGUACCGCUGCUUCCCUCGGCACAAGGCACCAGCAGGCUGAGCAUUAAAGCCUGCUCUUUGGGACGGAGCACUUAUCCCUGCAAGACAUGAAGGGCUUCUUGUUUCUCACACUCCUCCUGAUGCCCGUGCGCGCUGGAACUACUUGGAGUGCGAAAUACGCAGUAGAUUGUCCCGAGCCCUGUGACAGUAACGCGUGCAAAAGUACCUUGCGCUGUAAGCGAACGGUGCUGGAUGACUGUGGCUGUUGCAGAGUGUGUGCAGCUGCUCUGGGGGAGACUUGCUAUCGUACGGUCUCGGGUAUGGAUGGUGUCAAGUGUGGUCCUGGGCUGAAGUGCCAGUUUUACACUGAGGAGGAUGACUUUGGUGAUGAAUUUGGUAUCUGCAAAGAGUGUUCCUAUGGUACCUACGGAAUGGAAUGCAGGAAAACCUGCAACUGUCCCUCUGGCAUCUGUGACAGAGUGACUGGCAAGUGUCUGAAGUUCCCAUUUUUUCAACUGUCUGCUUCGAAGCCUCCAAAUCGACGGAAAAUAGUUUCACACACAGACAAUGACAUGGCAUCAGGGGACGGCAAUUCUGUAAAAGAGGAAUUCGUUAAGGAGAAAGCUAUUCGCGCACCGGUAAUGAAAUGGCUAAAUCCUCGCUGAUGUUUAAUUAUACUCGUAAGACUUUCAACUGAAUGCAUUUCUCACAGAUUAUUGAAUAUGCAACCACACACUUUAAGAACAAAGUAGAUCCAUAGCAUAUGAAAAUGUAACCUCUCAAGGCCAAUUGUGAUUCUGUUUUUCAUGAGAAAAAUGUUUACUUUGAAAUAGACUGUACAGUGUAUAUGAUUUUUGGUAUUUGUUUUUAUAAGUAUUUGAGCAGAGAAAUGCAUUGUGGAUUCCAGAAUGUAUAGUAAUAUUAGAAAACCAACACGAUUCAACCCUCCUCAUUUAAAUAAUGCCAGAGGCCGACUCUUGCAGCCUGGGGCCAGGAAAGCUCUCACUGAACUUGGUGGACAGUUUGGGUGAGUGAAACUAUUGGUGUGGAGCCAAUGGGAAAAAAAAAGCACAUCAACAAAUCCCAGGAUAGAAAGCAAUGCCCCUGAGUCACAAGAAUAAUAAUAACAUGGGAGCACAACAGCGUGAAUUAAAUAAACCAGUGUUAGUCAUUACUAAUUUUCUGUUUUUUUGGUGAAAAUUCCUUGGGGAUAAAUAUGACUUCUGUCAGUGAGAAGACACCCAGCAUUUCAGUUUACACGUUGUAAAUAACUUAGCCAAGACACUGCAGACAUAUAUUGUAUUGAGGUGGAUUUCUAAAGUUAAAUUCUGUACAGAGAAACAGCACCUUGAUAAAUUAUACAGAUUUAUAGCGGGGGACCUGACAUGAAAGAAGCUGCUUAGCAUUAUUUAAAUAUGUAUGUUUCUAUAAAGCAGCUACUUUGGUGCCAUUAAGGCGACCUCUGCAUUUCUUGGGGAAGAGCAAGUCCAGUGCUGGACACCAGCAAAUGGACCUUCACACUUCCCAUCUUCACCGCUGGCCGUGGCCCAGCUGCAGCUCACGGGGAGUUGCUCUUGUGCAGUGCAGGGGACACUCGGAGCCUCAGCACGUGGCAGCGUGGGCGCAGCCUGCAGCCCUGUGAUGUGCGGCCCUUCACCCCUCACUUGCAUGAGCAAGCAACCCCAUUUCAGCCAGGAGAAUAACUGACCACGUUAGAGUGUUGUAGGAACUGGCAGUCUCUCAUUCAGUCCAGACUGAAUGAUGUGCUCGUAAAAUAAACAUCCACACUGAGAUGGGUUUGUCUGGGAGCAAUCAGAUCCUCAGAUAAUGGAAAGUCAUGUGGCUGUGUCAGAGUGAACCUGGAUUGCAUGAGUUGAGGAACCACCUUGUAAAGCAGAGCACUCUCAUUGGAAAUGUGGUUUGAAUUGAAUAUUUCCUUUGAAAUCCAUGUGAGCUUUCACAGUGACUUCAGUGGAAGAAGGAGCACACAGUACCACAGCCAAAGCUUGGUGAAGGAUCUGAAAACAUACUUUAAAGACUAUGAACAACAGGGAUUCCAAAGCCUUUAAAGAGUACAAAUCCAGAUCCAAAGGCAGCAUUGGUGGAAGCAGGCUGCUCUCACAAAAGGACAGUGACAGCAGUAGACGUCCAAAUGUCAGUAUGGCAGUGCAGGCUCUCUUGCCACAAUAAUUGGGGAUAUAUAAAACAUAAAUCUUAAACUAGCAUAUACCACAUUUUAACCUGUGUUGAAUGUUUAGGUCUGAGAGGGAGCAAUAUUAUCUUGGGCUAUUUACAAGCAAGUGUACUGAUUCUCAUCUACUGAUAUCAAAAGUAAUUUUCUCUUGAUUUCAGCGAGAGCAGGAUCAAAGCCACAGUCCUUCAGCAGACUGAAGAUAAUUAUUUAAAGAAUGUAGUAAAUAUUUGCAUACCUUAUUACUAUUUGCAACAGUGUCAUAAAUGAACUUACAAGUUCUUGAAUGUAAAUCUAAUAAGCUGUUUUUUUAAAAAAGUAUAUGAUUAUUAUUGUUCAAUAAAAUAACAACUGAAA